CCUGUGGGUGCACGCCUUCAGAGGCUUCACCAUCAUCCAAAACGUAACGAAACGCUCAAGUUUCUGGUCAUUGGAGACUGGGGAAGAAGAGGAGAAUAUAAUCAAUCCCUUGUUGCCACCGAGAUGGGUAGGAUAGGAGAGAAACUGGACAUAGAUUUCGUGGUGUCGACGGGAGAUAAUAUCUACGACGAUGGUUUAAAGAACGUGACUGAUCCUGCUUUUGUGCAAUCAUUUACUGACAUUUACACUGCCAAGAGCCUCCAGAAGUCAUGGUACUCAGUUCUAGGAAAUCAUGACUAUAGGGGCGACGCAUUGGCACAAUUGAGUCCAUUGUUGAGGAAAAUUGACCGAAGAUGGAUCUGCCUCAGAUCCUUCAUUCUUCAAGCAGGAAUUGCUGACAUGUUCUUUAUUGACACGACUCCGUUUGUGGAAAGCUAUUUCACUGAAACAGAUCAUUCUUAUGAUUGGCGAGGCGUGUCUCCCAGGCAAGCUUAUGUCUCCACCCUUCUUAAGGAGUUAGAAGAGGCGUUGAGGAGUUCGAAUGCAACAUGGAAAUUCGUGGUGGGUCACCACGCGAUAAGAAGUGUUGGCCAUCACGGUGACACUCUUGAGCUUGUCAAGUAUCUGGAUCCAUUGCUCAAGGCCUACGGCGUUGAUAUGUACAUGAAUGGGCACGACCACUGUCUGGAACAUAUAAGCAGUGCGGAUAGUGCAAUAGAGUAUUUAACGAGUGGGGCAGGGUCGAAGGCGUGGAGGGGAGAUGUGAAGGAAAGCAGUGAUCAGGACAUAGUGAGAUUCGUGUACGAUGGACAAGGUUUCAUGUCGGCACAAGUGAAUCCGACUCAUGCCCACCUCGUAUUCUACGACGUCUCCGCCAACAUUCUUCAUCAAUGGACUAUGCUCAAGCCCCAGCACUCCGCCAUCUGA